CGGACCGGAAGAAGCAGCAGGAAGGAAAACGGCGGCCAUGGCGCAGCAGCGGGUUCUGCCGCAGAGUAAAGAGACCCUGCUGCAGUCCUACAACAAGCGCCUUAAGGAUGACGUCAAAUCCAUUAUGGACAACUUUACCGAGAUCAUUAAGACCGCUAAGAUUGAGGAUGAAACUCAAGUCUCUCGAGCAACCCAAAGUGAGCAAGAUAACUAUGAGAUGCACGUCAGAGCUGCAAACAUUGUUCGAGCUGGUGAGUCCUUGAUGAAACUUGUGUCUGACCUGAAGCAGUUCUUGAUCCUCAAUGAUUUCCCCUCUGUAAAUGAAGCUAUCAACCAGCGCAACCAGCAGCUGAGAAGCUUGCAGGAGGAAUGUGACAAGAAGUUGAUUGCACUACGGGAUGAGAUCUCCAUUGACCUGUAUGAGCUAGAAGAAGAAUAUUACUCUUCCAGGUACAAAUAGGGCAGUGGACUUCUGUCUAAUGACUCCAGCCCUUCUGGGGGAGUUAGUCUAAACAAAUAAUCUUUAUAGCAUAGGUCUUGAGAAUGUUCCCAACAAAAUUCCAUUCCUGUUCCUAAUUUGGUCAAACUCUUUCUGUAGUUUAAAACAACUGUCUCUUUCUUGCAGAUAUCCUGCAGGGUAUAAGUGUCAUAUUGGAGGAGGUAUUCACAGCAUCCAGCUCUAGGUGCUUGCCUUAAUUGGCUAGAUGUGACAGGUGAUUACAAAGGAAGCCUAAGCAAAUUAUAGCAGAUCAGUUUCCUUAGGGGGUGAUAUCCUUCUGGAGGAGUCUCUAUCUCUCCCUAGGAAAACUAGCUUGCUGAGCUGGGUGCUGAUCUUAAAUGAGAUGGUGAUGUCCCGUAUCCCCGUUGCGAGUUCUUUCAUAAGUGACCUGCUAACACAGUGUGCCUUUUACCUUGUAGUCCACUGCCCCAGUUGCCUGGAGACUUCUUGAGGUGAACAUCUGAAAUGAGCAAAAAUGAUGUGCUCAGUUUCAUUUGAUUAUGAAGUAUUGUGAUAGGAUUUUUUUAUGGAAGAUUUAUUAAUGAUUUGUUUGAGGAAUUUUUAAGAUUUUUAAAAAGACUUUUGCAUAGGAAACAGGCUUUAGAGAAUUCAGACACUUUAUUUUUUUAAUUUUUUUUGUUAUGCACUCCAGCACUUCUAAUUGAUUAUGCAGUAAAUGGAAGCAGGAGAAAAUAACUGAGAAUCAGAUUAGAUUGUCUGCACUGUCCAAACUAAGCGAAGUCAGUGCAAUAAAGGUGUGAAUUCCAAUCAAAAACUUACCUUUUCAAAAUCUUACUCAAAAUCCUUAUGACCAGGUUUUCCACUGUUGUUUCUGCUCUCUUUCUAAACAUUCUGAGUGUCUAUAGUUCCAGAUUAAUGAAAAUAUUUAAAACAAUAAUUGCACAAUAUACUUGGCAGCUAGGGCAUUGUUUAUGGGUAAUGUAUUUUAAGAGUAAAACUCUUUUUAAAGACUUCUUAAAAGUUAAGGUACUGAUAUAACAUAGCUUAGAACCAGCUAUGUUGUUUAAAGAAAAUUUGAGAUAAAAGUUUAGAGUUGUUUUUCCAGCUUUACUUAGUUUUUUUGGGGAACUAUGGCAAGGGAUCCUAGAAGUGCCUCAGAAAAGAAGAGUGAUCAGAAACCUAAACACGAGUCUUGGCAUGACUAGGUCAGGGAUCUAUCCACUGCACAGACUGUGUACAGCAUGGCAUAAGCUGCAUCCAGAAUGACAGUGUGGAGUUAAGUGCCCCACGAGUGCCAGAGGUGCCUCUCCCAUGCUGACACCAGGCUGCCAUGACUGUAUCUCAGUAGUUUUCUGUUCUGAACUAAGGAGUUCAGACCAUGCUAUCAUGGUCUCUUCACCUGACUGGCAUGGCAUGCCACCUGAAGCAACCCUUCAUAACAGAACUAACUUCUAAGCACAAAGAGCUUUCUUUCCUGAUACACUAAAGUGGAUCUGCCUUUGUUUUCAUUCUUGUGAGGGUGGUCCUGAGAUGAGGAAACUUGACUUGUCCACAGAGCUAUGAUCCUUCUACUGAAACCUCACACCAUGUAGCACUUAAUCAUUGCUUUUAGCACUUAAUACUUUCCUAUGCUCUUUCCUGUCUUUUUCUGCACCAAAGAAAUUGUGUGUAAAUACAGAAAUGGUGAUUUAUUCAAAGUCCUUUUAUAAUUAGAAUAUUAUGAUAUUUUAAAUGAAAUUUUAUUGUCUAAUGUGGGGAAAGGGUUUCUGUUAUGUCACAUAGCCUUAGAGUGUUGAUCAUGUUUAAAUGGCAAUGAAUGCAAAAGCUGAUUUGCUCACAAGUGGGCAUUCUGUGCUGACCUGGGAGCCUAGUUGAGGUUUCCUCUCUGUUCUCUAUUACUUCCCUUUGGGGCUUAAUCCCACAGGACUUAUAAUGAGUCCUGUGAGGCCAGGAUGUUGGUUCUAUACAGCCAUCCUACCAAACUGUUCUCUGAUGCCCCAGAUUCCCUGAAGGAUACUGGUGAGUUUAUUUUAGAUGGUCAGGUUGUCCUUCCAGGGAAGGCUAUAGAGAAGUGAGCUUCCUGGAGCAGCGUAACUGCAGGUGCUGCAGAGUUGUAAACUGCCCCAUGCUGCAUAGCUUCCUUUCUUUCUCUGUGUUGUUAGCAAGAGCUGUAGGAGGACUGUAAAAGGGAAUGUCUUGUGCAGCAAUUGCCACUACCAUUGGUGCCUAAAACUGAAGCUGAGUAGGAAUCUUCACUUUCAGUCUCUGUUCAAGUAUUUUCCUAAAGCUGUUCAUUUGUGCACAGAUGUUGCUGUGCACCCUGAGGGAGUAGAGAAAUCCCUUCUGCACACUAAGAAACCUUUGGUUAAAGGACAGAGCAGAAGGUUGAGUGGUAGUGCUGUGGGCUGUGCAGCUGCUUCUCAUUCAGCCUGCCUUUCAAGGAGUGUACAUGAGAGGUAGAGCUUAGACUUUAGGAAAUGUUGUUUAGGACAAGGGAGAAGUACCUACACUACUGAUACAGGUAAAACGUUCUUAGUAACCAAUCUAUCAGGAUAUGCAUGGAUGCGACGUUUGGGCUCACCUUGGAAGCCAUUGUUUGAUGUAUAAAACUGUCAGAAAAGGACCACAGUUCUGAUUUAGUCCCAAAGGUCUUCACUAAUUGAAUACAAACUUGCUUUGUGUUGGGGACUCUAAGGCAGGGUGACUAUCCUCCAGCAAGAAAAAAAAGAAUCUUCCAAGAGAUUUAGCAAAGGCCCCAGAUAUAAAACAUAUAUCCACUGCUUUCCCACUUCUGGUAUGAAACCAACUGGGUGAUGCUGUCAGAAAACACUAAAAAAAAUGUGGUGCUUGCAACUAGUGCUUCAUGUGCUUAUUCUUCAAAGCAGUAAGCCCCAAGUCCAGCUUUUUUCAUUCUAAACUCCAAACUUGUAUUUAUGUUCCAUUGCUCCCUCCUCUGAGAUCGCAGAAGCUGUCUUUGAGUGUGGACUUAAAUCUCAGCAUUUCAUGUUUGUGCAAUUUGAAGUGUCUCGUAUUUCUGCACUUAAAAGUAUCUAUUCAAGUCCAUACAUUAAAAAUGUAAAUAAAGCUGCAACAACAAAAAUCAC